AUUUUUGAACUCCAUCCACAGUUCACACCCCGGGGACGGGGAGUAGUAGCUGCCUUUAUCCGUUAUUCCAAAAGACGGCAAACAAAGACAGUGUGGGAGGGAGGAGGACAGGCACAGGCUACUGCUGGGUGGGAUCUGCUUCUAUCUAUCUAUAUAAAGGCAGGGCCACCCUCGCUCCGAUGCCCACACGCACACUUGAGCUUGCUCCGCUGCUCUCCUCUGCCACGAUAAGCCCGUGACCGUGGAGGGAAGGGAACAGAGCGAGCGAGAGAGGAUGCACGGCGCGACGACGACGAGGAAGCUCAUGUGGGGGACCAGCCCGGCGGCGGCUGGGUCGGACAGGCCCGACGACCACGACGUCGUCAUCGUGCUCGCCUCGCUGCUCUGCGCGCUCAUCGCCGUCCUCGGCGUCGGCCUCGUGGCGCGGUGCGCGUGCGGCGGGCGCGGGCCCCGCGCGCAGCAGGCUGCUGCUGCUGCUGCGGCGGCGGCGGCCAACAGAGGCGUCAAGAAGUCAGUGCUCCGCAGGAUCCCCACCGUGCCGUACGUCGCACCCGCCGCCGCCGCUUGCGGCAGCAGCAGCAGAAGCGAAGGGGACGCGGACGCGGAGGCGGUGGAGUGCGCCAUCUGCCUGGCGGAGUUCGAGGAGGGCGAGCCCACGCGCGUGCUGCCCCAGUGCGGCCACGCCUUCCACGCCGCCUGCGUCGACGAGUGGCUGCGCGGCCACUCGUCCUGCCCCUCCUGCCGCCGGCUCCUGUCCCACCAGCUGCCGCCCGGAGAGCGGUGCCGCCGCUGCGGCGCGCGGCCCCACGACGCCGGCGCCGCUGGGCCCGCGUGGAAGCCGACCUACUACAGCGCCAUGCCGCCGUUCCUGGCGUAGGCAGCAGAGCAAGUCUCCGGUCCGAAAAGCAAAUCUCACAGCUACUAAAUUUCUCGUCUGCUCCAUAGAUUUUCAGUAGUGCUUGCCUGUGGUUGGUUGGUAGUGAUCUGGGAUUUGCGGGAUCAAUCCACGGCUUACAGUCGUUUGUUGCAGCUGAAACACUGCAGUCUGCAGCAUACUAGUACCGUCCGUACCGGCUCUGACUGUACAGUUUGUAAAUACUCGAGUAAUUAACAUCGUCGCCGCAGCAUUAAUUGUGUUC